UGCCAGCUAAACAAUAACAGCAAACGUACUCAGUUCUUAGUGGAAAGUCAGCAUUUGAAAAUCAUUCAAAGAAUUAGUUUUUUCUUCGGAUUUCCUUUUUAGAAAAACAAAAUGAUUACCUCAAAGAGAAAAUUCCAAUUAAUUGCGAUGCUUGUCGUUUGUUUGAUAAUCGCUGUGAGUGCAGGAAAGAAUGAUGAUGAUGAGAAACCGGCAUGGGCAAAGAAGAAAAUCACAGACUAUUCAGAUGCGGAUAUGGAACGAUUGUUGGAUCAAUGGAACGAAGACGAUGAUGAUGGUGAUCCAGAUGAUGAUGUGCCCGAACACUUGCGACCAGCACCACAAAUCGACUUAUCCAAUAUGGACUCAAGUAAUCCCGAGAAUUUGCUGAAAGCAUCGAAAAAAGGCAGAACAGUCAUGACAUUUGUAACUGUAUCGGGAGGUCCAAGCCGACUUGAGGCCGAAGAAAUCACAAAAGUAUGGCAAACUAGCCUUUGGAAUGCAAACAUUCAAGCUGAAAAGUAUAUGAUUGAUGAUAAUCGAGCGAUAUUUAUGUUCAAAGAUGGCAGUCAAGCAUGGGAAGCCAAAGAUUAUCUCGUUGGUCAAGAGCGAUGCGAAAGCGUAUCGGUGGAAAACAAAGUAUACCCGGGAAAAGGAAGUCCCGACGGGGGAAAAGAUGAACUCUAAAGAAACCAAUUUUCAUUAUUUGAUAGAGAAAGUUUCUGUUAUUUUCAAAUCAACCAUCUGCAGCUGAAUGUCUUCGAACAAAUCAUAAAAUUAUUACAAAUAACAACUGUAUAGCACAAAUUGCAUUUAUAAGAAAAAAAAAGAUCUUUUGUUAAAUAAAUAAUUGUAAAAAAUGAA